UCUCUAAGGGAGUACUAGUAGGGGAGGAGGGCUUGAGGCAGCCACAUGGAAAAGAAAUGGCAAAGACUUGGAGGUAGUCCAUCUUCCUAGUGGGCUGUUGGAAGCUCUUGGUGAUCUAUGGAGUAGAAAGCUCUGACAUGAGGAGUCAGGAGGGGAUGGACCUACCCCAGGAACUCCACCUCCCAGCCUGGCUCUUAGAUUUUGGCACUCAUUUGGUCCUCGCAACAAUCCAGGGAGUUAGGAGCUAUUAUAACACCCAUUUUACAGAAUAAAGUAUUGGGAGAACCAACUAUGUGCUGAUUGGAAUUGGAAACUCAAAGGCGCGGAUCAGAAUAUGCUGUGUGCUCUCUACACCAAGUUCUCAGUUCGUUGGACCCAUGUGAUCCAGUUUAGUGGAGAACUAGGAUUUGUAUGAGGGAAUUAUUCCAGCAAGAGGGAUUUUGUGUCCUAGCAGAAGAGAAUGAAGCUGCCUUUCUACACAAUAUUCUCCAGUCUGGAAAACUGGACUGCCAUCUUCUUUAAGGGCUUCCUGGUCUACUCUCAAGUUGUGGUCAUGACCUGCAGCCCUCCCCAAAACCUGUCCAUUGGUGGUUUUGAGUAUGUUACCAGGUCUGGAGAAGAUAUCUACCAAGAUAAGAGGCCUUACACAUGCCAUAAGCCAUAUUACGAGAUCGUGCCUGCCAUGGACAGUGGCCAGCCUCCCCCUGGAACAUUCACCAGCUCAACCCAGGGCAUCUGGAAAGGCAGAGAGAAAAGUGGGAAGACUUCUCAAUGUUCACCCGUGUGUGGGCAACCAUCCACUCCUAUUGACCAGAACCAGGGGGCCCCUGGUACAGCCAAAGCAAAGCUGGGAAAUUUCCCAUGGCAGGCACUCACCAUUAUCUAUGGGCGUGGAGGAGGAGCUCUGCUUAGAGAUCGCUGGAUCCUCACAGCUGCUCAUACCAUCUACCCUAAGGACAGCUUCUUCCAGAAGAACCAGAGUGUAAAUGUUUUCCUAGGACACACAGACAUAGAGGAGAUCAUAAGGCUGGGGGCUCACUCCGUCCGUAGGGUCAUUGUGCACCCAGACUACCGCCCAGAAGAGCCAAACAACUUUGAAGGUGACAUUGCACUGCUGGAAUUAGAAAAAAGUGUCCUCCUGAGCCCCAACCUCCUCCCCAUCUGUUUGCCAGACAAUGAGACUCUCUAUAGCAGCGGCUUGAUGGGCUAUGUCAGUGGCUUUGGGAUGGAAAGGGGCCGGCUGGUUAGCCAGCUAAAAUAUGUGAGUCUGCCCAUUGCUAAGCGAGAGGCUUGUGAGGCCUGGCUUCUGGAGAAAAACAGAACUGAGGUGUUUUCCUCAAACAUGUUCUGCGCUGGAAACAGAACCAUAAAGCAAGAUGCUUGCCAGGGGGAUAGUGGAGGAGUCUUUGCUGUGUGGGACAAUACCACAGAGCGCUGGAUGGCCACAGGCAUUGUGUCCUGGGGCAUUGAUUGCAGCAAAGGGUAUGGCUUCUACACCAAAGUCCUCAGCUACGUGGACUGGCUUAAGAGCAUAAUGGAAGGGAAGGCCUGAGCCCCUAGCCUUAGCUCAGAAAUUGCCAUAGGUUUGAGGUUCUUAAAGUGUGUUUUCAGGAAGUCCACAAAGUCAAAACUAUUUUCAUAACAACACUGUCAUUAUAAUUCUAAUAUGGUAAAUAUCAAUAGAUAUUUGAGGCA